CCGGUUACCUGCGCCGUGUGCCUGUGCGAGUGUGUUGAUUCCUUCUUUCUCUCCCUCUCUCUGUAUAUAUAUUUUAUGAACUCCGUUUUGUUAGUGAUUUCUGUGAGUUGGAAGCGGGAAAACGGACACGGCGGCCAUAGCAAUACUCGCUCAGUCGCUAGUCGUUUUCCCCUUUACGGACUAGACACCUUUUUUCUUUUUCUCUUAUCUUCACUUACCUCUUCUCUCUCUCUCUCUCUCUCUCUCUCUGCGUUGUGUUAAAGGCAAAGCGACACGUCGUUUCUGUGUUGUGACGACUUAGAAUCGGAUCGUUAGGGUUUAGGUUUUUUUCUGUGAGAUGGAUGAGAGCGUCCUCGACGACAUCAUUCGGAGGCUUCUUGCAGCGAAGAACGGCAGAACGACGAAGCAGGUUCAACUCACUGAGUCAGAAAUCCGACAGCUCUGUACUACUUCCAAGGAGAUCUUCCUCAGUCAACCCAAUCUUCUCGAGCUCGAAGCUCCCAUCAAGAUUUGCGGAGAUGUUCAUGGCCAGUAUUCAGAUCUUCUAAGGUUGUUUGAAUAUGGGGGAUACCCACCUGAGGCAAAUUAUUUAUUCCUUGGAGAUUAUGUUGAUCGUGGUAAACAGAGCAUAGAGACGAUAUGUUUACUCCUUGCAUACAAGAUCAAAUACAAGGAGAACUUCUUUCUUCUUAGGGGCAACCAUGAAUGUGCCUCCAUUAAUCGUAUAUAUGGUUUCUAUGAUGAGUGCAAGAGGAGGUUUAAUGUUCGCAUUUGGAAGACUUUUACCGACUGCUUUAACUGUCUACCCGUUGCUGCUCUUAUAGAUGAGAAAAUCCUUUGCAUGCAUGGUGGAUUAUCUCCUGAGCUUAAACACUUAGAUCAGAUAAGGAAUAUUGCUCGUCCAGUUGACGUACCAGAUCAUGGACUUCUCUGUGACCUGCUGUGGGCUGAUCCUGAUAAAGAUCUUGAUGGGUGGGGAGAAAAUGACCGAGGUGUGUCAUUUACAUUUGGUGCUGAUAAGGUGGUUGAAUUUCUUGAAGAGCAUGAUCUUGAUCUGAUUUGCCGAGCUCAUCAGGUUGUAGAAGAUGGAUAUGAGUUUUUUGCCAAGCGCCAGCUGGUGACUAUAUUUUCAGCACCAAAUUACUGUGGGGAAUUUGAUAAUGCCGGUGCUAUGAUGAGCGUGGAUGACACCUUGACAUGCUCUUUCCAAAUACUUAAAUCUUCUGACAAGAAGGGUAAAGGUGGAUUUGGCAACAACACUUCAAGACCGGGAACUCCUCCUCACAAGGGUGGGAAGGUGUUUAAUUGACAUUCCGGAGCUAAAUUUAAGAUUGGUGAACUUGACGGAGGCCCUCAUUCUUCCAAUUAGGUCAAAGACGACUUGUCACAAAUAUAUAAAGCAUGACUCCUGCCUUCCUUCCCUGGAAAGGAUAACUAAAAUACACUGUAGCGAGGGACAAGGCACAUUUUAUUGUGCAACUUUGAUUGACCUCUCCCCUUUGUCUCUAAUUUCUUUCUUCUUUUUCUAUAUAGCUUUCAUUUUUGCUUUUAAUGUACAAUGGAAAUUGGAAAGUCAAACUUCCAUAAGGGGAAAUCCUGAUUAUGUUAUGGUGAUGCGAAAGUUUUAUUUAUUUAUGAAUAGGGUCAGCUUUAAAGUUUAUCC